UUGAAUUAGAGAUCAGUUCUUGGAUUUGGUUUCCAGGAAAAUUUGCAAAUUUCCGGAGUGUCAAAUAGAUUCAUUUUCUGCCAGUACGACGAUUUCUGAAGUAACUUCAAAAACGGAGAACUUGAAAGAGAGAGCAACGAGUAGUGCAGAUUCAAGUUCCUUCACAAUAAUGGAAAAAUCCUCCACAAACAAAGUAAAUGAAUGGAGUGAAAAAAGGUCAGCAAUUAAGGGAAUUCUUGAACCUAAAAAUUGGCCAACAAGGAAGGAAUUUGUUGAUCCCAAGGGGCCAUACAUUCGAAAGUGGAAUAUCGUCUUCAUAGUAUCAUGUGUAUUAGCUGUUUUACUGGAUCCCUUGUUCCUCUACAUUCCUACAAUUCAUGAGGAUAUGAAGUGUGUGAGAUUGGACAAGAACAUGAAGAUAGCAGCUCUUGUCUUGAGAUCAGUCACAGAUCUAUGCUAUCUGUUGAACAUCUUUUUCCAACUGUGUGGAUCUAAGACCCGUUCAACUAUAAGGUCAGGAAGUUGCCCCCCAAUGUUAACUAGCUUAAGGAUUGUCUUGCUAAGCAUAGCUAAGACAAUGUGGGAGUCGUACAUCAUAAUUGACAUUUUAGCGGUUCUUCCUCUUCCACAGGUAGCGAUUCUCAUUUUUUUCCCCAAAAUGAGGGGAUCAGGUUCAUCCAUUAAAGGGAAGCUUAUGAACUUUCUUAUUCUAGUGCAAUAUGUGCCACGAGUUCUUCGUAUCUACCUAUCGUGCAAGGAAUCUAAGAAGUUUUCUAGAGAAGAGACUUCACUAUGGCUUAAAGGCAUACUCAAUUUCUUUAUGUACAUCCUUGCCAGUCAUGUAUUGGGAGCCCUUUGUUACUUUUUUGCAGUUCAAAGAAUUACAAGUUGCUGGCGACAUGCUUGUCGGAAUGAAAAUGGAUGUGACCGUAAUAAUUUUGACUGCCACAAUCACCAUACGUUGAGAAAUAUAACGUCUCUUAAUGAUUUAUGUCCUAUAGAUCCAUCUGAUCCAAAAAUUUUCGACUUUGGCAUAUUUCUUCAUAUCCUCCAGUUUGGUAUACUGGGGUCAACUAACUAUCCGGAGAAGUUCUCAAAUUGCUUUUGGUGGGGCUUGCGACAUUUGAGUUCUCUUGGCUCAAACCUCGAACCCAGUAUCAAUACAUGGGAAAACCUCUUUGCGGCUUUUAUUUCUAUAAUUGGGUUGCUGCUAUUUUUAUAUCUCAUUGGAAAUUUGCAGACUUAUAUGCAGCUGGAUACCGCAAGAUUGGAGACGGAUAGAUGGAAUCUGAGAGUUGAAAACAAGUUGGAUGAGAAAAGCCGAGAAUUCGAACCGUGGUUAGUUAAAAAUGGCAUCCCUUCGCAUAAAAAACCGGACAUCAUGGCUAAGGUACUAGUAGAGCUUAAACAAAACAGAGAUGUGGAUAUAGAGAAUUUACUCUCUAUUCUGCCUUCCGAUCUUCAAAGCUAUGUGGAAAGUUGUAUGCCGUUGAGUAGGCUAAAGAAGGUGCCAUCAGUUCAAAAUAUGGCUGAAGCAGUAUUGAGAGAAAUCUCUGAAAAUCUUAAGCCCAAGAAGUACAAAAAGGAUAAUAUCAUUAUUUCCGAGGAUAAGCCACUUGAGAUGAUGAUCUUCAUUGUGGAUGGACUUGUAAGCAUAGAAAAGAGAGAUGCGUCUGGUACACUGCAACGAGGUGCAGGACAGUUAUUUGGUGAACAACUUCUAUGUUGGCCAGCAUGGACAUCUUUUCCCGGCAUAUCAAAUGAGUCUGCUAGAGCCAUUGGUGAUGUUGACGUCCUCGUUCUCAUGGCGAGUGACAUGGAGCGUGUAGGCUAUAAAUUCAGAUCGGAAUUUGGUAAAGAAAUUACCCCUCUGUCGGAUGCUAAGUGGGUUCUUUUAGAGAGCCGCCAGGUGGCUAUGUUAAGGAAAGUGCCAAAGUUGGAAACUAUGCAUACUGAAGUGUUGAAAGCAAUUUCUCUGCAUCUUAAGCCUAGGAGCUAUAGCAAGGCCUGGUUGACUGAUACGAAUGAACCACUUCGUAUGAUGAUCUUCGUCAUAGAUGGAUCAGUGGAAGAAUAUGGUACGCUUGAUCAUGGACGGUUAAGGCACAAAGCAGGAUAUUUCUCGGGAGAAGAACUUCUGGAUUACGUAUUAGAUAGUUCAUUUCCUGCCCUAUCACCCUUACCCACCUGUCGGCUCAAUGCUAGUAAUUAUGUUGACAUCCUUUAUGUCACGGCCAAGGACUUGGCAAGUGUAGCCUCUGAAUACAGGUCGAAUUUCAGCAGAGUGAUCGCCCAUCCAACCGAUCUUUUUGCUUCCCUCACGUUGCACUGGCUAAAGAAAGUGCCAAUGUUCCGAGAUAUGGAUGAAGAAGUGGUGAAAGAAAUCUCUAAACGUAUGAAGCGUGUGAGCUAUAGCAGCGAUACUGUUAUUAUUGAAAAGCACAAACCACUUGAAAUGAUGUUCGUCUUAUUAGGCGGAGAAAGGGUAACUGUUAAAGAGACAUAUCCUUAUCACUGUGUCGUGGGAGAUUUCAUUGGAUUAGAACUUGUACAUUGGAUUACAAACUGGGCGGCACAUACUAAUUUUCCUGCUAAAUUACCCUUGUCCCACAAUUCUGCUAAAGUCCCCAAUGAUGAUCAAAUAGGUAAUGCCGAAGUCGCUGUUCUCUGGGCCGAUGACUUGAAGAGCAUAGUAUCUGAAUUCAGGUCAGACUUCAUGAAGCAAACCACCCUCCCAAUAGAUUCGGAGGGGAAGCUAGCAACUUUUGACCCAUUGACUAUGGUUAAGAAAGUGCCAAUACUGGAAAAUAUGGAUGAAGAAGUAUUGAAAGCAAUCUGUUCACAUCUCAACCCCAUGAAAUAUAGUGAUGAUACGCCGGACGGGCCCUUUAUUUUGAACUCGAAUGAAAAGAUUGAUAGGAUGUUCUUCAUCAUAAGAGGAAUUGUAUCCUAUUGUUCAUUCAGCGGACCGGUAUAUUACCAUUAUUCAGGAAAUUACUUCGGAGAACAACUUCUCGGAUGGGUAUUAGAUGCCUCCGUUCACAGAGUACCCGAGUUGGACCAGUGGGACGCAUAUAUGAGUGUGGGGGAUGUUGAAGUCCUUGUUCUCAUGGCCGAAGACUUGGCCAAGGUCAUCUCUGAAUUCGAGACCCAUUUCGUCAGGCAGAUUCCCCAGGAUUCUGAUUAGAGCAUUUGCGGUGUGUUAUCUAUCUAUCAUGUAACAACUGUCGACUCCCAGUAUCUCAUCAUGAACUUAAGUAUUAAGCAUAAAUUACAUUCUGAAAUGAUUUGUAUAUUUGUCCCUCAGUUUAGGGUUUACUGGGGACAGAGCCACAGAGGAUCCUCGUGAUAACAUAUCAGCCAUGGUCAAACUUUGAGAGCAAAGUCAAGCUUUGAAAAUAGAGAAAUGAGAGAAAACCUGAACUAGAAUACUCUCAAAGUUUUUACAAAAUGAAUCCCCUGUUAUAGGAGAAUAGUAAUUGUGUUU